GUGGAGGGGGCCUCCACUUGGGUCCCUGUGGCCAGGCUGCAGUGAAGCCCUGGUGGGAAGUUGCUGCUCAAUGCAGGACUGACUCCAUGGGGGUUUCCACUCUCGUGCUUCAGGGGCUAAAGGGUCCAAGCUGCCCAGAGAGUGGCUGGGGAGUGGGGCAGCAGAGCCCCAACUAGCAGGGCUGCAAUGAUUCUAGAGGGUCCCCCCCCCUCCACCACACACCAAGGGGUAUCUGGAAGGCAACUGUGGAGCUGAGGCAGAGAGAUGCCUAGCCCGGGGCUGGCUGGGUGCGGGGUGCUGGCAGGCAGCCCUCACUGCUUCUCAGCCAUUUGUGGCCCUUUUGCCAUCAUUCCCUUGGUGCCUGCAGCUCAGGCUGGACCUGAGCACGGGGGCUGCAGCCCUCCUGCACAAUAAAGCUGGUGUUUGCAGAACAUGACACAUGGGCUCUUCAUUGUUAGCCUUGCCUGGGCAGCAGGGAGUGGAGAGGCAACUCCCCACUGUGGGGUUGGGGUGGGUUUGCAGUAGUGGCACAGAGCUGUGCAUGUGGGCAUCAGGACCUGGGGCAUCUAGCAAUGCCUCCUGCAUACUGCAGGUGGCCCCUGCUGCCCCCAACACUUCCUGUCCCAAGCUGUGAGCCACCCCGUCCCCAGAGGCUGCUCCAUAGUACCAGUGAGCAAAGGGCCCCUGCCUGGGGCUUGGUCUUCACAAAAAGGGUCCAUGCUGGGAGUGCCCUGGUGCCUGUAACUCAUGACAGCACCUUCCAGGAAGAGGAGCAUUGGAGUGGGAGGCACUCCCUGCCUUGAGUACCCCCCCACUUUGAGUCCAGGCCAGUUCUUAGCAUGAUUCCCAGCCCCACAGAGAAUUCCCCCCCACUCCCAUUCUGGCUCAGCUGCUGGAAAGGGGCCUUCUCUGCCUAGGGGAUGCAGUGCAUCUGGAGCUAAAGCAGGUACAGAAUCUCCAUGGGCCCCAGGCUUCAGCCUCCUCCGCCAGGAAAGCAGCCGGCCCACACUCACUGCUCUACACUGUCCUGUCUCUGAGUCUGCCUCUUUAGGGCUCUGGAGCUUCCCAUCCUCUGAAGCCAGGCUGGUCCCAGUAGGCGUUUGUCUGGAGCUUGCUAGUGGGGUCAGCCCAGGCCAUUUACCCACAGGUGAAGCCCUUAGACCUGUGUUUCUCCACCUCAUGCACCCCCUGCCCUGCUUACACCAAGAGCCCCAGUAUUUGGCUUCUACACUGUAUCUGACUGCAGAGAAAUGAGAAUGACUUCAUUUCUCCCUCCAGGGAACUACAGCAGGGUAGAAGAUUGUAUCUUGGCUGGAAAUGCCCCCUAGCAAACAGGUGUGGGCAUUUGCUAGUGUUGCCUGGCUCUGCCCCCCAGUCAGCACCUGGUAGGUACUCAGGAGCUCAGGCAGGUCUCCUGGGUGCUGGUUCAUCUUUUCCUCAAGGAAAGAAGCCAUCCAGGGAAACAGGCAGGCCUUGAGGAGCACAAGGAAGCCAGAAGCCUCCCAACAAAGCCCAGGUUGCUCACAGCUGCCAGGGCAAGACCUGAGCCUUAGACGCCAGUCAGGAUGGGCCUCGGAGGUAGGUGGGAUGGAGGAAGUCUAGAACACAUCCCAGGCCUCUCCUCUGCCCGGAUUCCCUCCAAUCUCUCUCCCCCCACCCCUCCUGCGGGGCUGGGGGGGACGACAGACUUCCACCUACGUGGUCCGGGGAAACCAGGUCUGGCAGGACCCCUCCUCCACCCAUGACUCCCAGGGGAGGCACCCAAGAGCUGGGCAGGGCCCCAGCUGGUCUCCUGGGCUUGUCCUGGAGCCUCCUGCCUGCUCCUGGUGAUGAGGGGGGAAUCCCCUUGCCCCCUCCUCCCAAUCAGGAGAAGAUUCACUCUUUGCACGGCGGUGCCCGGGGGCACUGGCUCCCGUGGGGCAGCGCUGGAUGAGUCCCGCGGGGUGUGGGCUAAGCCCCAGGACCGGAGGCUGCGUCUUCCCUCGCGGCUCCUUAUGGCCGCGGCGCUCGCUGCCCAGGUGUGCCGGGUUAAGGCCCCCGCCCCCGGCCUAUCGUUCCCCGCCCCACUCCGGGCCUAGCUGUGGGCUGCGCCCGGCUCCCCGGGAUGGAGCCCUCCUGGGAGCUUUUCCUCGACGGCCCCCCGCCGGACUUCUCCGUCCUGCAGCAGCUGCUCUGCCUGGAGCCGGAGCCCUGGAGCCCGGCCCCGGCCCCGGCCCCGGCCAGCCCGGCGGGGGGACCCAGCCCAACAUGUUGGAGGAGAAGAGGCCACCAAGCUAAUCUCAUUAAGCAGCUCUGCCUAUCGAGGGAACUCAGCUCUGAGGAUGAGCCGGACUCCCUGUCAGCACAGAGGGGCAAGUGCUGUGCUUCCUGCAAGACGCAGAAGACGCCUCUGUGGAGAAUUGCAGAGGAUGGGACCCCGCUUUGUAAUGCUUGUGGCAUCAGGUACAAGAAGUACCGGAUCCGGUGUUUCCGUUGCUGGAACAUCCCGAGGAAAAACAGAAAGUUACACUCAUGGUGCCCUAAGUGCGGAGAAAGGCUCCAUCUGGCAGUGGCUAUGCCGAGAAGCAGGAAAAGGCCGUCAGCUUCAAGGAGGCCCCUCCUGUUCUGUCUUCCAGAAAAGGCGAUGAUGACAUCCUGACACCUCCCAUCAAGGUCCUCUACUGUUAACUGUGUGGGGGCAGUUCGAUGAAGGGUUUGGCCAACUUGGCAGGCCCAAGGCAUCAUUCUCAGGAGUGGGCAUGGCUACAAAGCAGGCACCAGCUCCAUUCAGCUGCCCUCCUGAGCCUACUCUGGCUGCUCAGUACCGAGAGCACAACUCUGGCUUGCAUGGGCUGCCCAGAUGUUGGGGCUUGAUGGCAACUCCUGGGUCUUGCAGGGCUGACAGCGCUGCCAAGGUAAAUCCUGAGAUCAUCCUUGGAGCAACAGCAGAAUGUGAGGCGGUGGGGAGGGAGAACUUUCAGGCCGGUCACUCCGCAGCCAAGCAGCAAUCUGCAUCUCCUCUGCCCUGAUAGUCCUGGAACUCCCUGCCAGUCAGCUAUUUCUGGAGCCCCUUGGUCCAGCAUGAAAACCCAGAGAGAAGAACCAGCUGCCAAAGUGCUUGGGAAAGAACAAGGUUUCUUCAUUAAACUGUGACCCUGGUUUGUUGCCGUCUCAAGAGCGGCCACCCUGGCUGCUGGCCUGAGACAAACGCUGCUAGUGUUUGACAAACUCUUGCUACUAUGGACCAAAAACAGCUUUUCCUCGAA